UCAAGGCGCUACAUGUGUAAACAUCGUAACAUAUACUUGAAGGUUCAGUUGUUAUUAGUGCAUUCUAUGUUUGAUGAAUACGUAUUAGUAAAGUAAUAAUAUUAUACGAAGGAGAGUUUGGAUAUCUGGCACAACAUUACAUGUAGAGAUACACCCAAGGACUGUACAGUAACUCUGUAUUGCCAUGUCACUAAGGAAGUUUGAAACAUGGACAUUUCCCUAUUAUAGUUUAUGAUAGAUAUCAGCAACCAAGAUGCCCAAAUUGACAAUAGACCUGAUUGCCCGUGGAACAUCUGGAUACACAAAAAAGAAGCGAGAUGAGUCAAUGCAGCAGUAUCUUCGACGAUUGACACAUCUUUACCUGGAGGACAAGUCUAUAGAUGAAGUGGGUGAGGACUUGGCAUUAUGUCGGAACCUGAUAGUUCUCUAUCUCUAUGACAACCAACUGAGUAAAGUGCCGGUCCUCCACCACAACCAGAGCCUCACUCACUUAUACCUACAGAACAACAACAUCUGCAAAAUAGAAAACCUUGGACCCCUCAACCGACUUGUAAAACUCUACAUCGGUGGCAACAACAUCACGGUUGUGGAGGGGCUAGAGAAGCUGGACCAACUUCAGGAGCUGCAUGUGGAGAACCAGCAACUGCCCCCAGGGGAGAAGCUGCUGUUUGACCCCAGGUCACUCAGAACUCUUGCUAACACUCUACAAGUGCUCAACAUAUCAGGCAAUAACCUGGACAGCAUCAAGGAUCUGGAGGUUUUGAAGGGUAUCACUCAGAUGAUGGCCAGUGAUAACUUCCUCAAUGACAUGAAGGAGCUUGCUCAUAUACUAGGACUGUGGCCAUUCCUAUGGAGACUGGAGCUGAUGGGCAACCCAGUGUGUCACAAGGCAAAGUACAGGGACAGAAUUAUUGUCAUGUCUAAGCAUUUAGAGAUGCUAGAUGGAAAGGAGAUCACUGAAACGUCUCGUCAGUUUUUGUGCAACUGGCAUGCCAGCAAAGAGACGCAGAAAAGAAAGCGAGAUGAACUCCUUCGCAAAGGAACAAUGAUGACGGACAUGACCGAUGCCCAUGGCCACAAGGAUCUCCCUCCAGUGAAAGGCCCACCAAAGAGUUCCAGCAUUCCUGGAUAUUUGAUGCCAGGAUUACCACGGAAACAGUUCGAUGAGUUGUUGGCUAAAAACAACAUGUCUGACAACACUGUCAACACUACUGUCAACAACCGUGCAAGUAAAACCCGCAGCGGUGUGCUUCGUGCCAAGUACACUGACGCUCAAGGUGUUGUCCACAUGAAGCCUGUGUCCUCCGCCCCAGUCCGUAGGCACCCCUUCAUGAGUGUCAGCUUCGAGGUGACUGGUGGCCUUGGAAACCAGCACAUUCCUCAGCAUUUCCUUUAGAGAUACGUCCAUUGUCAACACAGAUCGCAGAAUGGGAAUAUUGUUUGCAUCUCACCAGUUUCAUUUUAUUUUGCACAGCAGCGUCACCUCUGCUCCUUUCUGUAAGAGAGAAAGCAUCUGUGAUUGACUCUGUUUAGUCAUUUAUGGAUAUAAACAUGACAUUGGACUGACCUUUUCAACCUUGGCUUGUAUCAUUUACUCCCACAGUUACUUAGGCAUCUAGUGUAGACUGACACAUUCACUGCUACCUAGACCAAUUUGUUUAGGGCGAAACCAAUGCUGUCAAGUUGAUGAUUGACCUCACAUAGAAGAGAUUCCAUUAUGUAUAAUGAGUGCCCUCAUCGAUGGUCACCUGAAUGUAUGUGUGGAUGCGUGUUAUAUCCAUUGCUUUUGUUGUCUCAUGUUUGAAAGUGCUACAUAACCAGAUUCAUUGUAUGUCAUUUGUUUGAGAACGUGACUUGUAGAAUCCUGUUGAUUUAUCAAACUAUGUUGCAAGAACUGCACAAAAUUUUGUUGUAUGCACAUUUUGGAUUUUAUUUUAGCAAUACUUAUAAAUAAGUUAACUGAUGAUUCUUUAAUGUAUGAUACAUUGUAAAUAUGAUACUGCUGUUGAUGUAUAUAUUUUGAAUAUAUUUAUUGUUUUUUAUAGUCUGAGGUGAUGAAUUGAUACUGUUGAUGAAGUGAUUAUCAUAAUAAUUGAUAUGGUGCUUAUCAGUAACCUAUACAUGUGUACAUAUUAUCUUAUAGCUGAAUCUUGGUAAAACAAAAGUUCAAGCGAUAUCAAGAUCAUUUUGUUAUUGCUAGUCUUUCUUUGUUACAAGAAGAACAUAAAUUAUUUACAUUGCAAUUGGAUUUUUACUCUGUGUUUCUACCUGAUAAAUAUGAUAAGAGUAUAUUAUCCCAAGAGGAGUUCAAAUCUCCAUUUCCAAAUUGUUUCAAUUCUAUUUAUGUAUGAAGUUCAGUUAAGUGAGUCAAUGAAGAUAGUUAUGAAUACACUUAUAGCAAUGUAUAUAGACUAUUUUUUAAAAGAUGAUAUCCUUGUGUAGUAUUUGAUCGUUGCCUUGAUGCUAUUGCAUUACUUGACCUUAGCAGUAUUACAGCUUCUUGAUGCACAGAGUCUUGGUUUUAGUGUGUUGACAACAUUAACAACUAGUUUGGCGGUAUUACCUUGAAAUGGUAUUAUACAUAGCUAGUGUGAGUGAGUUUAGUUUUGCGUCGCUUUUUAGCAAUAUUCCAGCCAUAUCACUGCGGGUGACACCGGAAAUGGGCUUCACCCAUUGUACCCAUGUGGGUACUCGAACCCGGGUCUUCGGUGUGAUGAGCGAAUGCUUUAUCCACCAGGCUCCACAUAGCUAGAAUACUGAUAUCUGAAUGUUUAGCACACUCAUGAUCACAAUGCGAUCUUAGUGCUAAGAUGAUAGUAACUCCCAUACUAAAGCAGACUCACGAAAAUCGUAGCGCUAAUAUCACUUUGUAAUCUGAUCUUGCUGUCUGCAAUGAUGUAUCUGAGAUGUUGCUGACAAAGGCAAUAAACUUGCUUUCACGUUUAUCAGUUUACACAAAUUGCCGAUGCAUCAUUAAGCAAAAUUCACCCACUUAUUCAUCUCCAGCAUUGCAUUCAUUGACCAAAAUCAAAAUAUUUUAUGCAAGUUUUCACAUAUGAUUUAUUGGAGAACACUUCUUAUUAAUAGUAAUUUCAUUGUUUUAAGGGAAUAUGUGAUCCUGUGUAGCUACCAAGUGACACAUUAGUGGAGGAGUAAUGUUUCUUAUUGUGUGUAAACCCAAAUGAAAUGUUACCUUCUGAUGUAGGAAAAACAGGAAGCUUUAACAAAGAAAUAUUUGUUGAUGAAGGUAAUAUUUUGAUACAGGAAUAUAUUUUAUGAAUAAAACUUGAUUCAGCUGUAUCCCUUCAAAGUAUCCACUGAGUAAACAGUCCCUGAGUAACCUAUGACUGGUCUUAUGGAUGAUCAGGCUUGGUGAAUUGGUUUUCUGUUUUCAUAGCCCAAUGAUGGGAUGCAGCUUGUGAAAUUAAGCAUUAGUUUGUCUGGUCCAGAAUUCCAUUGUUUGCAGACUGCUGUGGUAUUGCUGACAAUAAGCAAAUAAAAAACAAUUACAUGAGAAAGGAAGUAAUUGUGUCAUCUAAUCAAAAUGUUAACAUGUUUGUAGAUACCUGCAAUAUUUGCUCAAGUUUCCUGUUAGGUAGUCCUGUUAGUUUCAUACAGUGUAAAUAGACAGCUUGAAAGUGGAGGUUGCAUUUUGUGUUGGCUUUGUCACCAUAAAAUAGUUUAAACAUCAA